UUUUUUUUUGUACUUCCUUGAUUGAGACCUCAUUUGAUAGGGCUGUAUUUCUCAGCCAAAAGGAAAAAAGAAACUUUCAGCUUAAUUUCUUCCAUCGUUUCAUUUUCUUGGGAAGCAGAUUAUAGGAGACUAGCUCUGGUUUUUCCCUUAAAAAUUAGGGUGUUUGUAAUUGAAAUCUAAUCUGAUAAAGCAUCACUAGCUAGCGGAGAAAUGAGCAUGAGUUCAGAGGAAAGUCCUGAAUCAACACUUGAACCCGUCAGCAGGGCGGUCCAGACACCAACAACCAAGUGCCAGUCCGGCAGGAAGCAUCAGGGGAAAGUGCCAAAAAGAAUUCACAAGGCUGAGAGGGAGAAAAUGAAGCGGGAGCACUUAAAUGACCUCUUCCUCUCUUUGGCCAAUGCUCUCGAAGUGUCUGAGGAGACAAAUGGAAAGGCUUCUGUAUUAAGUGAAGCUAUUAGAUUUGUGAAGGACAUGCUUGCUCAGAUUGAGUCUCUUAGAAGUGAAAAUGCAGCUUUAUCAUCAGAAUCUCAAUAUAUGACUAUGGAAAAGGAGGAGCUCCAAGACGAGACUACUUCUUUAGAGUCUCAAAUUGCGGAACUGCAAAAUCAGCUAAGAGAGAGAGUAGGCGAAGCAGAACUUGACUUGAAUGCAACUCCUGAAGGUCAGUUCGAUGGGUCAACACCACAUCAAGUUGAUGAUUGCUUCAGAUUUCCUGCUCUAGGACCUGCAAUUCAGCAACCUCAAAAUGUAAAACCUGUAUACGUCAUCCCAUUAUGUUCCGAUCCCAGUGUUUUCCAACAGCCUGGUAAUGCGGAGACCGCUUCGAGCCCUCUAACAAUGGUGAGCAAACCACAAGCUAGGUACCCCACUCCUGCUGAUACAUGGACAUCGCAACUCCUUGAAAAGCAUCCUGAUUUAGGUGGAGGAGAUGAACAUUGUGGUGGCCGCAGCUGUUAACAUACGGUCCAUAAGCCCAAAUAGCGUAGUCACAUAGUUGCACUUCUAAUUCCCUUAGUUUCACAACUUGCAGUUUACUGCUUUUUAGUUUAGUUGGGUAUGCUUUUAUGGCAAAUACAAUUUGAAUGUUUUCAUGUUUGAGAGGGUGGAAGAAUUGACUCUGAUGUCUUUUUAGUAUCCAGCAAAAUCAUCAAUCUAUUGUAGCAUUGGAAAUAGAUAAGAUGUCCAAACAAUGCAUGAUCCUGAAGCAAUGCAUCCACUUUCCUCAAGGUGUUUCCCA